UGCGCUUCUGCUUGUUCUUGCACGCUGGAUUAGCGCAGAACGCGAGAGAGGUGAUCCUGCUGGACUCGAAGGCGCAGCAGACUGACACGGAGUGGAUAGCAUCUCCUUCUAAUGGGUGGGAAGAGAUCAGCGGGCUGGACGAGAACUUCACCCCCAUCCGAACGUACCAGGUCUGCCAGGUGAUGGAACCCAAUCAGAACAACUGGCUUCGGACUAACUGGAUCGAAAAGGGGGAUGCACAGAGGAUUUUUAUCGAGCUCAAAUUCACUCUACGUGACUGUAACAGUCUGCCCGGAGUCGUGGGCACGUGCAAGGAGACGUUUAACCUGUACUACCAGGAGACAGACGCUGAGAUGGGCAGGAAUAUCCGCGAGAACCAGUACGUCAAAAUCGAUACCAUCGCGGCGGACGAGAGCUUUACUCAGGGAGACCUGGGCGAGAGGAAAAUGAAGCUGAACACAGAGGUGCGAAUCAUCGGGCCCCUCUCGCGCCGGGGCUUCUACCUGGCCUUCCAGGACGUGGGGGCUUGCAUCGCCCUCGUCUCAGUGAAGGUUUACUACAAGAAGUGCUGGUCUAUCAUAGAGAAUUUGGCUACCUUCCCGGACACGGUGACAGGAUCGGAGUUUUCUUCGCUCGUCGAGGUGGAAGGGAUGUGCGUCAGCGAUGCCGAGGAGGAGGCAGAGAAUUCUCCCAAGAUGCAUUGCAGUGCCGAGGGCGAGUGGCUGGUGCCUAUUGGGAAAUGUAUCUGCAGGGCCGGGUUUUAUCAGAAAGGGGACGCCUGUGAACCUUGUGGUCGCGGCUUUUACAAGUCCUCGUCGCAGGAUCUGCAAUGCUCCCGAUGUCCCGCCCACAGUUAUAGCGACAGAGAGGGAUCCUGGAGAUGCGAAUGUGAGGACGGGUACUACAGAGCGCCCUCUGAUCCCCCCUCCUAUGCCUGCACCAGACCUCCAUCAGCUCCUCAAAAUCUAGUUUACAACAUCAACCAGACCACGGUGACCCUGGAGUGGAACCCUCCAGCCGAUACGGGCGGCCGCAACGACCUGACCUACCGGGUGAUGUGUCGGAGGUGUAGCUGGGAGCCGGAGGAAUGCAUACCCUGCGGAGGAAACGUAGCAUACACGCCUCUGCAAAGUGGCCUAAUCGAAAACUACGUCACCAUCAGCGAGCUGCUACCUCAUGCCAACUACACUUUUGAGGUGGAGGCCGUCAACGGGGUCUCGGAAAUGAGCCGGACGCAGCGACUCUUCGCGGCCGUCAGCAUCGCUACCAGUCAGGCCGUUCCGUCUCAGGUCAGCCAGGUGAUAAAAGAGCGAGUGCAGGAGCACAGCAUCCAGCUCUCGUGGCAGGAACCCGAGCAGCCCAAUGGAGUCAUCACCGAAUAUGAGAUCAAGUACUACGAGAAGGACCAGAAGGACCGCAUUUACUCGACAGUAAAGUCCAGGUCAACGUCAGCUACAGUGAACAACCUGAGGCCUGGUACGGCUUACGUCUUCCAGAUCAGAGCCUUCACAUCGGCUGGAUAUGGCAUGUUCGGCCCAAGGCUGGAGGUCACCACCAAGGACGAGUCGUCUGGAGCUGCCACGAUCGUGUCGAGCGAGCAGAACCCGGUGAUCAUCAUCGCAGUGGUGGCGGUGGCCGGCACCAUCAUCCUGGUGUUCAUGGUGUUCGGGUUCAUCAUCGGGAGAAGGCACUGUGGCUACAGUAAAGCGGAUCAGGAAGGAGAUGAAGAGCUUUACUUCCAAUUUAAAUUUCCAGGUACCAAGACGUACAUUGACCCCGAGACCUAUGAGGACCCCAACCGGGCCAUUCACCAGUUUGCCAAGGAGCUGGAUGCCUCGUGCAUUAAGAUUGAGAGGGUGAUCGGUGCAGGAGAAUUCGGGGAGGUAUGCAGCGGCCGGUUAAAGCUUCCCGGAAAAAGAGACGUUCCAGUAGCAAUCAAAACUCUGAAAGUAGGCUACACAGAGAAGCAGAGGCGGGACUUCCUGUGUGAAGCGAGCAUCAUGGGACAGUUCGAUCAUCCCAAUGUGGUUCAUCUAGAGGGCGUCGUCACCAGAGGCAAGCCGGUCAUGAUCGUAAUCGAGUACAUGGAGAACGGAGCGCUGGAUGCCUUCCUCAGGAAAAAUGAUGGACAGUUCACGGUGAUCCAGCUGGUGGGCAUGCUGCGUGGUAUCGCCGCUGGCAUGCGCUACCUGUCAGACAUGGGCUACGUGCAUCGCGACCUUGCGGCGCGCAACAUCCUCGUCAACAGCAACCUCGUGUGUAAAGUGUCGGACUUCGGCCUGUCCAGAGUGAUCGACGACGACCCUGAGGCUGUCUAUACCACCACUGGUGGAAAGAUUCCGGUCCGGUGGACGGCCAUGGAGGCCAUUCAGUACCGUAAAUUCACCUCGGCCAGCGACGUGUGGAGCUACGGGAUCGUCAUGUGGGAGGUCAUGUCCUACGGGGAGCGGCCUUACUGGGACAUGUCCAAUCAAGAUGUCAUCAAGGCUAUAGAGGAGGGGUAUCGUCUUCCAGCGCCCAUGGACUGCCCUCCAGGCCUCCACCAGCUCAUGCUCGACUGCUGGCAGAAGGAUCGAUCAGAACGUCCCAAAUUUGACCAGAUAGUCGCCAUUCUGGACAAAAUGAUCCGCAAUCCCAGCACAUUGAAAACACCAGUCGGGACAUGCACGAGACCCAUCAGUCCACUGCUGGACCAAAGCCCUCCAGACUUUAGCUCAUUCUGCUCGGUGUCCGAGUGGUUGGAAGCCAUCAAGAUGGAGAGAUAUAAAGAUAACUUCACAGCAGCCGGUUACAGCUCACUCGAGUCUGUCGCAAGAAUGACUAUAGAGGACGUGAUGAGUUUGGGAAUCUCGCUGGUGGGCCAUCAGAAGAAAGUCAUGAGCAGUAUACAAACCAUGAGAGCGCAGAUGCUACACCUGCACGGUACAGGAGUCCAGGUGUGAUGGACUGCACCCGAGCGACUCCCAGCGCCGCCACCAUGAAAGAGGGCGGGGACUCAUAAAGACAAGUGGAUCAUUUCCACAAAAUGCAUAACAGUAAUAAAACCACAAGAUGUCUCUCUUGAACGGUAACUCUUCCAGAAAUGACAGGGAAAGGACUGUUUCUGAAGGUGCUGAACUAACAGAGAGAAUUCUUACUACCUGGGUACGACGGCGGAAAGACGAAGCGGUUUGAUGCUUUUUUUAAACUUUUUUCAGUCAUCGUUGGGAAGGACUUCUCUAGAAUAAGGAAAUUUUAUAAGACUUUUUGACAGUGCACAAAAUAAAACCCCGAACAAGAAAACCUUUGAGUUCUUUUUUGUCCUGAUAGCCAUGCUGAUACUCAAAUAAAAUGUCGUAGCUUCCGUUAUUUUUAGAUUUCGAUUUGUUUGAGUUUGACAGUAUGCCUUUCGGAUUUUAACGCGUGAAUUUGACAACAGGGUAAUAAAGUCGGUUUUCCAAAAGAGCGUCACUCUCUUUCAGAUUUGCAAUCAAUGAGAGAAUUUCGUCUUAAUGGACACCCAGACGGAGGGUCAAGGAAGGUUUUGUGGCGCAUCUGAAAACCAAGCGUGAACUUACAAUGACAGCUGACUCGCUUCAGACUGAUUCUUGAAAACUAGGUCCAAUGUAAUUUUUCAACACUUGAACGCAUCUUGUUU